AUGCCGCCACGCGAGACGAGAUCCACUUGCCGCCGCUGCCGCCGGUUGCCGUUUCCUGAUUUGCCCAGCCCAGCUUCGAGCCUUCACAGAAUCACAGGUUCAACUUCAAAUUCUUCUGAAGUCAACGUGGAAUUGCCAAUAACUAAUGUUGCUAUUCCAAUUCCGGAAAAUGCGGAUGUUCCAAUUCCGGAAAAUGCGGAUGUUCCAAUCUCUCAAACACAAUUUCAAAGAAUUGACCUUGAUUCUUUGGAUUAUGAUCCCGGAACACGCAAACAAAUAUGGGAAUAUCAUGUUAACCAACGUGAUGAAAUUCGACGGGCUUACAUUAAAAAAGGUCCACACCAACCUCCUCUAGAGACAUUCAAAAAAAGUGGAAAGCACAAUCGUAGCUUUCAAGCUUCUUGGUAUAGAAAUAAUUCAAAAUGGCUUGAAUAUUCUCCUACAACAGAUGCAGCUUAUUGUCUACCCUGCUUUGUCUUUCAUAAUCCAAAUGUGAUUGUGGGACAAAAUACAUUUAUUGUUGGUGGAUUUAGAAAUUGGAAAAAGGUUGGGGGCAAAGAUUGUUCUUUUCAAGUUCAUAUAGGAAAAGAUCCUAACUCAGCUCAUAGAGUUGCUGACCAAAUGUGUAAGGAUUUGAUGAACCAAUCGCAACAUUUGCAAAGGGUAGUUGAUCAUUUCACUACUGAACAAAUUGCAAAUAAUCGGUUGCAAUUGAAGGCCACAAUUUUUAUUGUGCGAUAUCUUGCCUUUCAAGCUAUAGCUUUUAAAGGUCGAGAUGAAAGUUUUAGUUCAUUAAAUCAUGGGAACUUUCAUGAAUCAUUGGGUAUUGUGACUUUUUGGAAUGAGAAGGUUGCUGAAAUAAUAGAAAAAGCUUCAAAAAAUGCAACCUACACAUCACCUAGGAUUCAAAAGGAAAUUCUACAUGUUUUCUCAGCCAAAGUGAAGAAGGCCAUUCGAGAAGAAAUUGGUGAUACAAAGUUUUGCAUAAUGGUUGAUGAAGCUCGUGAUGAGUCCAUGAAAGAGCAAAUGGCUGUGGUGUUUAGAUAUGUUGAUGCAGAAGGCUUUGUGAAAGAACGUUUUUUUGGGCUUAUUCAUGUUGUUGACACUGCAGCUUUGACUCUAAAGAAGGGGAUAUAUUCUUUGUUAUCUCAAUAUUGCUUAGAUAUACAAAAUAUUCGAGGGCAAGGAUAUGAUGGAGCAAGCAACAUGCGAGGUAUGUGGAAUGGAUUACAAGCUUUGAUUUUGAAUGAUUGCCCAUAUGCUUACUAUAUCCAUUGUUUUGCACAUCGCUUACAAUUGGCAUUAGUAAAAGCAUCAAAACAAGUUGUUCCCAUUAGUCAUUUUUUUCUUACAUUGCUUUUUCUAAUCAAAAUUGUUAGUGUUUCAUGCAAGCGCAAUGAGCAAUUGAAAGUUGCCAAUGCUAAUGAAAUAGCACGUUUGAUUGAUCUUGAAGAGCUUGAGACUGGAAGUGGACUUAAUCAAAUUGGCACUUUACAACGACCUGGAGAAACACGUUGGAGUUCACAUUUUAGAUCAGUUUCUAGCUUAUUAAGGAUGUUUAGUUCAAAUGUUGAAGUUUUACAAAAUAUAAUUGAUGGUGCAAUUGAUGGAGAAAAUUGGGCAGAAGGAGAGUUAGCUUAUGAAGGUUUAACUUCAUUUGAAUUUGUUUUCAUCUUGCAUCUUGAGAAGGAAACUAUGGAGAACACUGAUAAACUUUGUCAAGCUUUGCAAAGCUAA